UGAAACUGUUCACAUUCAGGUCUGUCUUGUACUACAAGAAUACUUGUUCGGAAAUUCUAGAACGCGCUGUAAGCUAGAACGAUUGGCAAGUGGAUUGUAACACCACCCACAUGGGCGGGACGGACGCAUGCACGGCAGAAAGGACGGGAAGCAGCACACGCACGCAAGACAGACUCAGACAGAGAGAAAGAAAACAAGAGAGAGGGUAAGAGUGAAAGGAGCAUGAUAAAGAGCAGGACAGAGUGAUAGAGAGAUAAUAUGAAAGAAAGGGAAAGGGAAAGUGAGAGAGAAAGCAAAGCAGGGCAGCCUGUUAGAGUGAAAGGGCAGGGAAAGAGCUGAGCGGCAGAGAGAAUGAGAGAGAUAAUAUGAAAGAGGGAGAAAGAGGGAGGGAGGGAAAGAGAAAGAGAGCGUAUGGGUUGUAUGUGUCAGUAGCUCACAGAGAAGCAGGAGCAGGAGGUGUGUGGCUUUAUGGAUGAACACCUGCACCUCCUGCACUCCAAUAACACCAUCAACAUCACCAACAGCAUUAACGUCAACACGCACAACCACCUGCUGAGCCUCGGACACGCUCCAGGACUCACGCACCCGCCAGAGGCCGCGAUGACCGUGGUGUCUUGCGAUGGGGCACCGGAGGAGCCGAACAGCAACGCGGCGGAACGCUAUGAGCCCGAGCACGAGUGCUGUGAGAGGGUGGUCAUCAAUAUCUCAGGUCUGCGCUUUGAGACCCAGCUCAAAACCUUGGCACAGUUUCCAGAGACCCUGCUGGGAGACCCAAGGAAACGUACGGCUUACUUUGACCCGCUCCGGAACGAGUACUUUUUUGACCGGAACCGACCCAGCUUUGAUGCCAUCCUGUACUACUACCAGUCUGGUGGGCGUGUGAGGCGGCCUGUCAAUGUGCCCAUUGAUGUAUUUACAGAGGAGAUCAGGUUUUACGAGCUCGGCGAGGAAGCCAUGGAGAAGUUCCGCGAGGAUGAGGGCUUCAUUAAGGAAGAAGAGCGGGCGCUGCCGGCUGGAGACUUCCAGCGCCAAGUAUGGCUCCUUUUCGAGUACCCAGAAAGCUCGGGUCCGGCUCGUGGCAUAGCAAUCGUCUCUGUUUUGGUCAUCCUAGUGUCCAUUGUGAUCUUCUGCCUUGAGACUUUGCCUGAGUUCCGGGACGAUGAUGACAGCGAUGCCAGGGAUGCAAGGAUUAGCACAACUCCUUUACAUUUGCUCCAUCACUACCCUGACAACGUCCAAGCUAAUGCCACAGGCACACUUUCGCUCUCCUUGGUGACCGCACCCUUCUCUGAUCCCUUUUUUGUAGUAGAGACGCUGUGCAUUGUAUGGUUCUCAUUUGAGCUUCUUGUGCGUUUUUUUGCAUGCCCUAGCAAAGCCACCUUCUCCAAGAACAUCAUGAACAUUAUCGAUAUUGUAGCCAUCAUUCCCUAUUUCAUCACGCUGGGCACUGAGCUGGCAGAAAGGCAGCAGGGAAACGGCGGUGGGCAACAGGCCAUGUCCCUUGCCAUCCUUCGAGUUAUCAGGCUGGUGCGUGUCUUCAGGAUCUUCAAGCUCUCGCGUCACUCCAAAGGCCUGCAGAUUCUGGGCCAGACGCUCAAGGCUAGCAUGAGGGAACUCGGGCUGCUGAUCUUCUUCCUCUUCAUUGGUGUCAUCCUGUUCUCCAGCGCCGUUUAUUUCGCCGAGGCUGAUGACCCCGAUUCGGGAUUUAACAGCAUCCCAGAUGCCUUCUGGUGGGCAGUGGUCACCAUGACAACUGUCGGAUAUGGAGACAUGCACCCAGUUACCAUCGGCGGAAAAAUCGUAGGCUCCUUGUGUGCCAUUGCCGGCGUGUUGACCAUAGCACUUCCUGUCCCCGUUAUAGUGUCCAACUUCAACUACUUCUACCACCGGGAGACAGAAGGCGAAGAGCAGGCGCAAUACCUUCACAUUGCCAGCUGCCAGCCCAUGCCAGCUUCUCCCGAGCUAAGAGGAGCACGAAGUUCUUCUUCAAUUAGCCGAUCAGAAUAUGUGGCGAUGGAGGAGGCCCUGCAGGCCAAGCACAACUGCGUCAACAAAAUCUUCACGGACGUGUAGGAUACGUACAUAUGUGCACACGUGGGCACAUGCCGUCACCGUAGCAACAGCACGUGUGUCCACGUGUGUGCAUAGAAUUUUGCAGGACGUUAUUCAGCAAUUAGUGCAGCGCACCAUCAUCGCCAUCACUGAUAAGCUUCGGGAUGGAGACGCUGGUUAGUGAAUAAAAGGGGGCGGGGCAAUGAGUUUAUUUUUCUGUGUGUUUGCAUUAUUGUUUCUGUUGCUGUGUUUGUUCGUGUGUGUGUGUGUGUGUGUGUGUGCGAAGGGCCCCCCCCCCAAAACCCCUCAACAAAAACCAGACUCAGUGUGGAUAUUCAGACUCAGACUGAGGGGAGGGCGGGGGGGGGUCGUGCCUGGAGUGAUGCAGUCACCAUAGCGACACUAGUUUCCUCAGCAACCCACUAUUGUUGCCAUGGCAUCUUUGCGCAGUUUCCACAGUAACCCUCCAGAUGGCAUUGGAGUCCCAGGGUAGAGCUAAUGAUGCCUUUGAUGAUGAUGAUGAAGAUUGUUACGAGGAUGAUGAUGAGGAUGAUGAUGGGGAAGAUGGGGGCAGCUCCAUCCACACCAGAGUCGUAAGGAACAGCAACAGUGAGGAUGACAAAGAUGAAGGCCUGAUGGAGGUUCUGCUGAACUGUUUUCUCUCUGCUUCAGCUCUGCUGGAGGUGGAGGUGCCUUCAACUCCCCACCCCAGUCUCGCCCCGCCUCAGCCUCGGCCUCAGCUCUAAAGCACCACCUGCCUUUCUUCGUCCCGUACACCGUCUCGCUCUAUUUACACAGACAUUCACCUCUUUUCCACUUGUAAGGUGCUGGAGCUCUGGAGUCAUCAGAUCUUUUUCAAACGCAGCAGUGUUUCCACUGAGUCAAGAGCCAAACCAUAACUUAGCUGGAUGUGAGUAUGGCUUAGCAUAGAGCCCAACAUGUCAGGAUUCAGACUAGUUUUAUAUUUGCACCAUUCUGUACCAUUUUUACACAUUCCUGACUCUCUUUUUAUAUGUAAAGCACUUCCCACAUGAUUCAAAUGGUUCAUUAAGGGUUUAUUUGUGAAGAAAGCGGUUCUAUAUAUAAUCAUGAACACUUAAAGAACUCUUUGCAUGAUUCAAAGAAUCUUUGCAUGGUGAAAUGUUUCUUCAGAUUGAUAUAGAAUGUGCUUUAGAUGGUUUUACAUAGAACCAUUUUGAAAAGCGUUCUACAUAAUCACCAGAAAUGGUUCUUCUACUGUGAUAAGCUUGACAUUAGAACUCUUUGUGGUGCCACAUGAAACCCUUUGCAAAAAGUUUCUAUAUAGAGCCAUCCACAACAAAUUAUCCCUUAGUCUGAAGAAUGGUUUAAUGAUGUAAAAAAACCUUUUAAGCAUGCAAAGGGUUCUUUAAUUGUUUUUGAUUCUAAAUAGAUCCAAUUUACAUUUUUUUUAGUAAAGAACCCUUGAAGAAUCAUCCAUUUGUAGACCUGGCCUGUAACUCACUCACAAUUAGGAGGCUUAGGAUUGUCCACAAGGGGGUGCUGGUAACACUAAAAAAGGGCUUUGAUGCUUUGCAUCAAUGACAUUGUGUCCUUUUUUAGCUUUUUUCUUAUUUUUUUAUGAUUUUUGUUUCGUUUAGGCCAGCUUUAAGUAUCUCCAGUUAUGUGCCCAAAUAAGGAACACUGGGUAUAAACAGUUUUUCUCUAAUAGAAAAAUGAUUAACAUGUCUGAAAAUCUUCAUGUCUCACCCUUUGAUAAACAAAAAUGUUCCUUAAAUAUUAUGUUCAUCCCUGCAUACAUAUUUCCUCUAAAUGUCUCUAGUUCCUCUGAAUUACACGAUUGUUUAGAAUGCUAACACUACUACAAACACACUGACACAAACAAGCUAACUUUCCUUCACUAUGAGGCAUUUUCAUGUGAAAAUAAAGUUACACAAUAAAGAUGAUUCUUCAAAGGGUGUUUAGUAAAGGUCCUGUAUAGAACUUUUGAAAAAGGUUCUAUUUGGCACCAAAGGAGUUCUUCUAGUGGGACAAGCUUGACCCAUUUUCAGAAAGGUUCCAUAUUGGACCAUAUACAACACAUUUUUCAUCAAUCUGAAGAAAGCUUUCACAAUGCAAAGGAUUCUUAAUCAUGCAAAGAGUUCUUUGAGUAUUCAUUGUUCUAGAUAGAACCAUUGUCUUCACUAAAGGACCCUUGAAGAACCAUCUUUUUAAAGAGCAUGCUACUGUUCAAGUUCAUAUUACUCCACACUCAGGUUUCUCAGGUUUGGUAUGAGAUGAUAAAUAGCUGACUUGCUCAUAUAGUAGCUUCCUCUGUAUUUUAAUUAAUGAAAUGUCCUUGAGGUAACAUUUACAACGAGAAAAGCAAGAGCCCUAAAAAUGAACAUUGUGGCAGUUUAGUUCUUUUUCCAGGAGAAUGCUUCAAGACUGGCCACCUGCUCCACAAGCACUAGCACCUUAUAACUGGAAAAGUGUGUGUUAGGGACCUGUGCGUGUUUGUGUGUUGUUUCUGCUGCUAUAAGUGUGUGAAGCUCACUGAAGUGCUCCUUCGUGCCCUCGCCUUUCUGCUCUGCUGGAAAACAGGAAGCGGCGGCUAAUGCUAGUUUAUGCUAGGUCCAUCAGUUUUCAUGUGCUGUCAGGAUGUGAUGUCGUCUUUGACGUAGCUGUAUAAAACUGAUAGAUAUAAGCACAGUCUGA